AUGAGGCGUUCCUUCAAUGUGAGCUUCUCGGCCGAAGGGCCCUUACAGAACGACGGGCAGGUGGAAUCGAGCAUCGUGCUGAUACGAGCACCUAUUAUGCCUAUGUUACUCGUGGAUGGUAUUGAGUAUGCUGUCCUUAAGGCCCCCUUCAGAUGUCCUCUCAAGCGGGAGGAUGUUUCUGGGCGUACAGCUGCUCCAGAGGCCACUAUCAGUGCAGGGAAGACGCUUGGGUGCCGGCGACGGUAUGGACUACCCGAAACCAUUCUACGGUACAGACCACAGAGCGAGGAGAGGGACGUAGAAAAUGAGCCUACAUCGCGAGUCGAGGAACCUGUACGGGAUGGGUGCCAGCUCGUAUUAUGGCGGGGAGAGGACGGGUAUGAGGUUUCUGUCGAUCCUCGUCUCUCUGCUGUAUUGAGAGAGCAUCAGAGGCAAGGCGUCCAAUUUGUAUUCAACUGCCUCAUGGGUCUCAUUGAUGACUUCGAGGGUGAAGGCUGUAUUCUAGCGGAUGAUAUGGGAUUGGGGAAGACCCUGCAAUCCGUAACGAUAGUAUGGACGCUCCUCACUGCUAACAUAGCCAAGAACCGUGGGCCGGCUAUCGAAAGGGCUUUGGUAGUAUGCCCGGCAGCAUUGGUCAAGAACUGGGAAGCUGAGUUUGCAAAAUGGCUGGGUGAAAGCGUCAAGGUUUGCGCUGUUGCAGAGAGUCAACGAGAUAAGGUCAUUGGUGCCUUCACCGGAUUUCGAUAUAAUCGAGACAUGCGGGUCCUAAUUGCCUCAUAUGAAACAUUCAGAAAUCAUUGUCAACUACUGGCUGACUGUCCUAUUGGCCUCUUGGUGUGUGAUGAGGCCCAUCGGCUGAAGAAUGAUCGCACAAAGACAGCAGUAUGUAUCAAUGGGCUGCGGACACGAAAGAGACUACUCCUAUCGGGCACACCUAUCCAGAAUGACCUCGACGAGUUCUUUGCUAUGAUAACCUUAGCAAAUCCUUGUCUAGCUGAGGAGAAAGGCCGCAACAGCUUCCGAAGACGAUUCGCUACCCCGAUCAGUAAAGGGAGGGAGCCUGAAGCAUCGCCAGAAGAGAAGGCUCUAGCUGAUGAGCGGCUAGCUGAACUGAGCGAUAUGAGCAACAAGUUUAUAUUGAGAAGGACCAACGCCCUAUUGGCGAAAGUACUACCACCUAAGCAGAUCGUUGUCGCAUUCGUACGGCUAAGCGAUAUACAGAUUCGGCUAUACAAGGCGUUCAUAAGCAGUGACUGUGUGCAGACGACUGUGGCUAGGUCUGCUAGUAGAGGGAAAGUCGGCAAGAAUGUAUUGUCACUGAUCCAAAGUUUAACGAAGUUAUGUAACCAUCCAUCCCUUAUUCGACGCUUCGAUAAACGAUGUGAUAAGGGGUUCGAAGCUGCGGAUAGCGUGUUUGCAGAGCUUGAUGGGAUCACCCGUGCAGCAAAGCAAGCAGGCAACAAACGUGGGGAUCAAGUUAUUAUAUCAGCUUCAGCGAAGUUCUUACUGGUAUAUAAUCUCCUUCGGACUUUGAGGACCAGAGAUGGUCGUAGCUGUGACCGAGUGGUCAUCAUAUCUAACUAUACACAGACUAUCGAUCUGUUACAGAGAAUGUGCCAAGAGCAACAGUGGCCGGUUAUUCGUCUUGAUGGGAGCAUUGGGGUGAAGAAGCGGCACUCGUUGGUGUCAACCUUCAACGACCCCAAGGCCGAUGCUUUUGUCUUUCUGCUCUCUUCGAAAGCUGGUGGCUGUGGGCUGAAUCUCAUAGGUGGAAAUAGGCUUGUUAUGUUCGAUCCUGAUUGGAACCCUGCUAAUGACAGGCAGGCUAUGGCCAGAAUAUGGAGGGACGGCCAAACCAAGGUCUGUUGGAUAUACAGACUCCUCUCUACUGGCACUAUCGAAGAGAAGAUAUAUCAGCGGCAGAUGAAGAAAGAUAGCUUGAGCGAACUAGUAGUUCAAGAGGAGCCUCAUGAAUCAAGAAGCCGUCGAAGCUCAUCAUCAUCUUCAUCAUCUUCAUCAUCGUCACCUGGUCUUGUAAGUGGCACCACUGAGAAGAAAGUUGCGGGGUCUUCAAUGUUCUCUGCCGCUCAUCUGCGGAACUUGUUCAUGCUCCAGGAGGAUACUGAUUCCGAAACGGUCGAUGCUCUUCAUUGUCGUUGCCCCUCCAACAAAGCUAAUCACAAUGAGGAUGAUCUCACCACGUGGGAUGUUUUCGAAGACUCCAUCAACACCAACAACAAGAAACAGAAGAAAUCCGGGGCAGAGCAUUAG